AUGAGUCGACCAUCAAGAUGGAGUCCGUUGCAAGAAAGCGCUUUAGGAAAAAGGGCUGACCUGAAAAGCUUAAACCUGUGCGGAAGCAUCCGUACAAAGUGCAUGUGUGGGCUGGGAUAUCUAGGAGAGGUGAUAAACCUAACACACCAACAAGCAGGAUGGCUCUUCAACCACUUGGGCCAUUGCGAAGAUGUGCAUAAGCUUCAUUACAAAUCAACGUCUUCUUCAAUAGAGCGAAUUGAGGUGGCAAAACUUUGCUUACUGGUGGAUAAUAAUAAAGUGAAACAAAAUGUUGGGAAGAAUCUGGAUGAUAUCAGUCUCCAAGACAUGGUCUAUUCCAAUGACAGCCAAAAAGAUGAAGCUGGAUCCAGUAAUGAUGCAUCUUUGGACGAAAAGUUGCUCAACACAGUGCUAAAUGACCCUGUAUGCCCAGAAGAUGAAGCUAACUUAGAGAAAGCUAUAAACAAAACUGCUGAAAACCUGAAGGACUCUGAUACGCCUCUAUUGAGUGAACCAGAGUUAUCUACACCUAUUCUAAAGAGGAAAAGGAAAGUCGGACCAGUGCUGAGGCUGUCGAUUCGUUUUCUCAGGACUGGUGUGGAUAUAAAUGACACAGAUGCAGUUAACGCCAGUGUGGUAUGGCAGGAAGAAGAUCCAAUCAGUAGAGACAAUGAAAAUCUAAAUAUCUAUCAGACGAAAAUGUCUGGUUUUGUGGUGAAGUCUGGAGAGCCAAAGACGAUAGAAAAUUAUGCAUAUAAGUUUUCAAAAUGGAAUAACGAAAGUAGUUUACGUAGUCUAUCAGCUAACCAAGCAUUUUCAAUCACAGUUGAAAUUAUUAAGAAUAUUGUUUUUAAAAAUGAGUCAUUCGUCUGUAGAAAAAUGUUUUGGGGUACUUAG